AUCAUGUGACUGGUGACUAAGUUAAAUCCUUCCUAUUUACUGGAAGGAAGAGUCUGGUGAUUUGUUACUGAUCCUUUUUGCAUUUUUAAAGUUUUGGAGCUAUCAAAUCAUGUUGUCAUUUAUGCUCUUUUCUACCCUGUUUUCUUCCAUACUUACUGAACCUGAGGAGCAACACUGGUCCUGCAACUCCUCUGAUGCAACCAUGGAAUAUACCUACUGUGAUGACAUUAAAUUCCCUAUUUUAAUUACACCCGAACCCUGUAUAUCAUUGAAAGGAACUGAAGGAUUUUUGCGUGUUUACUACAUUCCAAGGAGAGAUUUAAAACAAUUAUAUUUCAAUCUCUAUAUAUCUGUCAACUCCAUGAAUUUGCCAAAACGCAAAGAAGUUAUUUGCGAAGGAUCCAAUGAUGAAUAUUCUAUUUGCAGAGCUCUGAAGGGAGAAACUGUGAAUACAACAAUACCAUUCUCCUUCAAGGGAAUACGAUUCCUUAAGCAUACAUGGCUAAAAAUAAUGAGAAUGCUCAUUAUGAAUCUGUUGAAUCGUCUUCAUAUGAAAGCACUGUUCAAUCACUGGAUUGAACCCAGAGGUGUUUUACCACUGAGCUACAUCUUCCAGAAAGCUUCUCCAAGCAGUACCACCUUGAGCAAGAUUGCAUCCUUUGGAACACUGAAGUGGUUGGUUCUUUCUUGUCCAGUGCCCAACUUCAAUUCUUAUCGAUUAAAUCCAGACAUGUUAGUCCUGAAGAAGCAGAAGAUCCAAGAUUUUGUUGUGGAGCCACGGCUGCCUUCUGAGUUGGACUGA